AUGGACAGGCGAACCCGUGGAUCUAUGUUUCUUGAAUGUAUUAGCCCUAACAUAGCCAAGAUACAAGCAAUUCAAAAUCUGGAAUCGCCUGGAAAUAUUACUAAGCUCUUCAAGAGAACUCAGAAAAAGGGAUUACCCUUGGCAUUGGGGUACACAACAGCCAAUGUGCGUUGCAGCGCACGAUAUCCAACCAAACAAAAUACACCACCACCUAUGCAACCUUCCACGUUACCAUCAGACGUUUGGCAUACGCUAAAUAUUGACUUCCUAGGGCCGUUACCCAAUGAGAAGUAUUUACUAGUAGUCGUAGAUCAAUUCUCAAGAUAUCCAGAAGCAGAAAUUACGAAUAGUACUGCUGCACAACAGACUAUUGAAAUACUAACUAAAAUAUUUUCAACACAUGGAAUACCUUUUAAAGUUAUAACCGAUAAUGACCCACCAUUUCCCAGUCAAAAAUUCAAAGACUUCAUGACAGUAAAUGGCAUAAAACAUCAAUGA